UCGCAGUAAAAAAAAAAUUGAGAACUUUCCGAUAACCCUUCCUCCACCGGCGGAAGCUAUCUCUGUCACCGAAACCCGUCAAGGGUUUUGACACUUAUAUCACUCAAUCGAAGCGUAAAGAAGAAGAAGACAACAAGUGUCACACUAAUCAUGGAGACGGCUGAGUAUGGCAUCGUCUACGCCGUCCACAUUAUCUCAGUCCAGUUCGGAACCGUCGUAUCGAAAGUUUGUGAAUGUCUUCUCCGUAGAGGACAUCUUUCUUCGCGAGACAUCUCUCGUUUAGCCGAAUCUGAAAUCAAUCAUAACCAAGUCAAGGAUAUUUUGUACCUCUUGAUUCAGCACAAUUGCGUUCAAGCAUUCUCUAUUGAGCCACCUGAUGGUUCCGAGAGCAAAGCUACUGUACAGUACCUUGUGCUGCUUAGCAACAUUCUUCAUCGUGGGAGGUAUAACAAGUUUUCAAGGGUUGUAAACGAUGAACUUGGGUCUGAGUGCGGUGCAGUUCUUGAUGGUUUACUUUGUAACGGUAGGCUUACCUUAGGACAGCUGAUAGAAAGAGACCAAGAUUCAGAAAAAUCGAUAGGUUCAAAAGUGAUCAAAGAUUCUCUUCAGAAAUUGGUUGCUGCCCGUUUUGUUGAGCGCAUUCCUUCUCCCGAACCUGUUCUUGCAAACAAAGAACAAGAGCCGGCAAAGAAAAGAGGCCCUAAGGCUGCCAAGAUUCUUAAAGAACCGGAAACCUUAGAGGAACGUGUUCUUGAAGCAGCAACUCCAGUUGACACAAUAAGGUUUCCACUUGUAUUUGAAGAAGAUUCAAAUUCAUCAAUAGCAGAUAAUGAUAACAACAUUACUGAGGGGAAGCGUAAGCAACGUGAUGUGGACUUCUCACCUACGAGCAAUGAAGUGAUUUGGCGUCCUAACUUUGAGGAGUUCAUCCGCCGCCUUAGACAUAAGGUGUGUGUGGAGAUAGUGAAAGAACGCAGGGAUGAAGGAUGUGCCAUUGUCUUGAGGGCAAUGUUAGAAGUAGGAAGAUCGCAGGAGAAGAAGGUGAAAACAGACAAGUCGGUUCCAAUGUCGGUUGGUUCCAUUUAUGAAGAGGUUAUAAAGACAGUAGCAGGUCGUACUAUGUUACAAGAGCGAGUUGAAGCAUGCCUUGAUCAAUUGUGUGCAACGUCUUCCUAUCUACCAGCAUUUGUGAUAGAAAUGGAUAGUUCAUAUAUAGUUGAUUUAAAAUCAAUUAUCAGCGUAGCACAGAAAGACGAGAUGGAAGCAGUAGUUAUGAGAAGAUAUGGGAAAGAAGCUUUCAGAAUGUUCAGAUACUUAUCACAAGAAGGGCGUUUUGUUGAGACCGAUAAGAUUGCUGAUGCCGCGCUGACUGAAAAGAAAGACACGCCUCAAAUCCUUCUGAAGAUGUGGAAAGAUAGUUACUUACAUAUGCAGAAAUUCGUGGUUACGGGUGGUGGUUCUGGAUAUACGUCCUUCUUAUUGUGGAAGGUAAACAAGUUGAUUGUGACGAGGCAAAUGUUGGAUGAGAUGUAUCAUGCUUCUUUAAACUUGAGUCUCAGGUUGACCCAUGAAGGAGAUUCCGAGAAAGAGUUGAUGAUGUUGUCAUCGAAGAUACUGGAAAAGACACCGGAAGGAGCAUUAAAGGAGAGAGUGAAAAAGGUUAACGCCAAAAGAAUGUUGCUUUCUGCCAGUAGGUUUAAACUCGAUGAUGCAAUAAUGCUCUUCCAUGACUUCUAAGCUCCAAUUUAAAAACCCAUUUCUCGUUGUCUUCUUCGUUUUGCUAUGGUCGAUUUAGUUUUGAUUUACUUACUAUCUGUGAACAGUUUUUUUUUUUUUUUUUUUUUUUUUCUGUGACAUAAUCAUUGGUAUAAUUGAUAUAUCUUAUUAAUAUACAAGUGUCUUUUAGGUUUU